GGGAGGAGGAGGGCCAUCAGCUGGGCCGGGCUGAUAGCCUAUCUCCCGGGUAAAAGGGAGCAGGCCGCCUCCUCGCCUAUUCCUCCUCCGCGCCAGCCGCUGUCAGAGGAUGGGCAGCAUCACCAGGGAGCCAGCCGACGGAGCCAUGCAGCCCAGCGCCGAGCUGAGCGCCCCCGAGCCGCGCGCCCCCGUCAAGCGGGACUACCAUCACCGGAUCUUUGUGAACCGGAGUCUGGCGCUGGAAAAGAUCAAAUGUUUCGGCUUUGACAUGGAUUACACUCUCGCAAUGUACAAAUCUCCGGACUACGAGGAGCUGGCCUUUGAGCUCUUGCUGGAGCGCUUGGUGUCCAUUGGCUACCCCCACGAGAUCCUGGAGUACAGAUACGACCCCACUUUCCCCACCAGGGGCCUCGUAUUUGACGCCAUGUACGGCAAUUUGCUGAAGGUGGACUCCCACGGGAACCUGCUGGUCUGUGCCCACGGCUUCCGCUUCCUCAAAGGGGCCGAGAUCUGGAAUUAUUACCCCAACAAGUUCAUCCAGAGAGAUGACAUGAAGAGGUUCCACAUCCUGAACACGUUAUUCAACUUGACAGAGACCUACCUGUUUGCCUGCCUGGUGGAUUUUUUCACCAACUGCUCCAGAUAUGUGAACUGUGACACAGGCUAUAAACACGGGAACCUGUUCAUGUCCUUCCGGAGCAUGUUCCAAGAUGUCCGAGACGCCAUGGACUAUGUCCACCUCUCGGGCUCCCUCAAGGAGAAGACGCUGGAGAAUCUGGAGAAAUACGUGGUCAAAGACCCACGGGUGUCUCUCCUACUGAGCCGCAUGAAGGACCACGGGAAGGUCUUUUUGGCCACCAACAGCGACUACACCUACACAGACGCGAUCAUGACGUACUUGUUUGACUUCGGAGAAGACGACGUGCAGGAAGCACCCCAGUGCCGCCCCUGGCGCUCCUACUUCGACCUGAUUGUGGUGGACACUCGCAAGCCCCUCUUCUUCGCGGAGGGCACUGUCCUUCGGCAGGUCAACACGGACACAGGGAAGCUGCGGAUCGGUACCUACACAGGACCCCUUCAACACUGCGCUGUCUAUUCGGGAGGCUCUUCAGACAUGGUGUGUGACCUUUUGGGAGUGAAGGGCAAGGACAUCUUGUACAUCGGAGACCACAUAUUUGGGGACAUUCUCAAAUCCAAGAAGAGGCAGGGGUGGAGGACCUUCCUGGUGGUCCCCGAGCUGGCCAAGGAGCUGCAAGUCUGGACAGAGAAAAGCGAACUUUUUGAAGAGCUGCGGAGCCUGGACAUCUUCUUGGCUGAGCUGUACCAGCACCUGGACAGUGGGAGCAACGAACGGCCGGACAUCAGCUCCAUCAAGAAGCGGAUCCAGAAAGUCACCCACGAGAUGGACAUGUGCUACGGGAAGAUGGGGAGCCUCUUCCGCUGUGGCUCCCGCCAGACCCUCUUUGCCAACCAGCUGAUGCGCUACGCAGACCUUUAUGCCGCCUCGUUCAUCAACUUCCUCUAUUACCCUUUCAGCUACCUUUUCCGGGCACCACCUACCCUGAUGCCCCAUGAAUCCACCGUGGAGCACACCCGGGUGGAGUUCAGCGAGAUGGGUCUCCUGGCAGGGCAUGUGAUGCCCCUACACAGGCCGCUGCAGAAGCUGCACAACGCUUCCCAGGAAGACACCGAUGAUGAGCACGACUGAGCCAGACCCCAACGGAGGAUGUGGAAGGAAAAUCUCGAGUGGGACAAAUGCCUUAAGCUGCUAAGAGAGGGGUGGGGGG